AUGCUGUUUGAUGUACCAGGUUUGAGGUGGAUCAAUCAAGAGGCGAGAGAUGCAAUGACAGAAGAAGUCGCUUUCUCUGUGGAUGAGCGAGAGAUCUUGGCCAAGGAUUCCGAGCGGAGAGUGGCAAUUAUCAAGGUUGUUUUGCUUCAGUCAGGUGUAUUGACGGAUAAAGCGAAUACGUCAGGAUUGAGCGCCCAGAAUUUGCUGGAACGAACAUUCAAGCUCAGGGACAGGUUCUUGAAUGCUUUGGGAUGGAGCCCGGAUCAACCGCAGCUUGGCGGUAUCAAUUCCAGGCUUCUUCGUCGACAUCAAUAUCGCGUGAGAGUUGGUGAGAACUCAAAAUCCCCUUUAGACUUUCCCAAAGAUGCAGGUGUCCCUACGAGUGUGUCGCUUAGAAGCAAAGAACGUAAGCAUCGAGCUCAAACACCGGAAAGAAGGGGUAGGAUGAAGAGGUUCAAAGGUACCAUUAGGGAUAGUGAGGAUGAAGAUGAACUGCGCAUGGUGAUCGAUGAUCCGUUCUACUAG